AUGUCGCCUUUGAACGGGUGGAAGGUUUUGUCCCCGGGUUGGGUCUCGAGAGAUACGCAAGGAUCUUUGGUUUCGAUAGUGAAGCGGAUUGAUAUUCCGAUCACGAGCAUGACCACACCUGGUCAAUUAGAAGCAAGUCGACACGACCCAUUCAAUCAGGCCUCGAAGUACGCGUUGGGAUGGGUUUACUUCUCGAUUGUGCUAUUGGUGUUUACCUUUGUUAUAAGGUCAUACCACAUAUGGGGUGACAAGAUCCGGGCCGCGCUAUACAGAGAAGAAUUGCGGAAUUUUGAUAAAUCACUGGAGCUCGACCAUGAAAUGGCCACACCAGCUACGGCCAACUCAACCAGUAGCUUUUUUCCCGUGCAUGGUGCGUUACCUCCUCCGCCAAAGAGAGAGUCCGCCAUAGCCAAUAUGCGGUGGUUGAACUACUCAAUUGCGUUCGUACGAUGGAUAUUUUACAGGCCGAUACCUGUCAUCAGACUCUGGAAGCUGGAAAUUGUCCCGCCAUCACUAGGAGCGAUAUUCAUCGUCGGGUUGGCCUUCAUUUUCGUCACCUUGUAUAGUUUUGUUCCGCAGCCACUGUUCUACAACAGUAUUCGAGACGGAUCGCCCCCAUUGGCAAUCAGAGCAGGAAUGCUCUCUGUCUCGCUGCUGCCUUGGAUUAUCGCCCUGAGCAUGAAGGCCAACCUGAUCAGCAUGCUUACUGGAAUAGGUCAUGAGCGGCUGAAUGUCCUUCAUCGAUGGGCUGGAUACCUCUGUAUGUUCCUGGCUCUCGUCCAUAUGAUUCCAUUUUUCAUCACCCCUGUUUGGGAGGACGGAGCUCUUGAAUUAUUCCGCCAGUUCAUCAAGGGUGACUACUACAUUUACGGCUCUGGGCUGGCAGCGCUGGUUCCGCUCGCCGUUCUCUGUCUUCAUUCCCUGCCUAUUUUUCGAAAUCGGAUGUACGAACUAUUCGUGACCUUGCACGCUCCGAUAUCAGUGGUUUUUGUGGGCAUGAUGUUUUGGCAUUGCGCCAACUUUUUAACGUCCUGGCACUAUUUGUACACGACGGUAGCGAUUUGGGCGGCUUCCUAUAUCAUUCGGGUGUUCUAUUUAAACUGGACGAAUCCAUUUCGGCUUUCUUGGCUCAUUGGAGAAGAGUCGGCAGUGACGACCCUCCCUGAAAAUGCAGUCAAGGUUACCAUCCCGACCCAAAUGAGAUGGAGGCCCGGACAAUAUGUUUAUUUACGGAUGCCGGGUAUAUCAAUCUUUGAGAAUCACCCGUUUACCAUUGCUUCUUUAUGCAGCGAUGAGUUUCCAUCCAGCUAUGGGGAGGAGUACCGGGACAUGGCUCUCGUUUUUAGGCCUUUUGGCGGCUUCACGAACAAAGUGUUGAACACCGCUCUAGUUAAAGGUCCCUUCAAAACAUAUCGUGCAUUUAUCGAUGGGCCAUAUGGUGGGAUGCGACGAGAAUUGGCGGCAUUCGACCACGUUGUAUUUUUUGCAGGCGGGAGUGGCAUUACUGCCAUUGCGAGCCAAUUGUUGGACCUGAUCAAGAGAAUGCGAGAUGGGAAAGCAUUAACUCGCACAGUAAGGGUGAUAUGGGCGCUUAAAAGACCUGAGACUAUGGAAUGGUUCAAGGAAGAGCUUCGUAUCUGCCGAGAAUAUGCACCUCCAGGGACAGUUUCUUUCCACUUCUAUCUAACCGGCUCAACGAGAUAUACCCACCAACCUAGUCGUUCGAGACCUCAUAGCGGAGCGUUCCACGAUAAAAUAAACGAUGUCUUCCAGGGGGUUGCCAGCAAGCGAGAUUCCGCAUAUAUCCGUGAAGAAGCGGCGGGUGAUGAAGAGCGGGAAAAGGAGCUCCGCCGUGAGAAUGAAGAUACCAUUGCUGCUCUUCCAUCUGCGUACAUUCCGCCCAAACAGUCAUAUGGCUGGAACUUCCCCGCUUCUCCCCCUCCCGAACAAGAUCCCAGUUCCAGCAGCAUGAAUUUCGGUUUUCCUAGCACGCCAACUAUGCUUCAAAAGAAUCUUAUGCGCUUCGCAUUUUUGCCAACACAAAAACGGGAUGGAUGGAAGACGGAAUAUGGUCGUCCGGAUAUUCCCUUUAUGCUACGACAAUAUUCGAAAGACUUCGGACGACGGUCUUGCGUAUUCGUCUGUGGCCCGCCCAGUAUGAGAGUCGACGUUGCGAAUACCGUGGCGAGACUGCAAAGAAAGAUAAUGGACGACCCUAAUAAAACCGAGCUCUUCCUGCAUGCAGAGAAUUAUGCUAUUUAAUAGACACUGCGAUGCCAGGAUAUUUCGUUAUUAUUAUUAUUUUCGAUAUUUUUCUUUUAUUUGUCCUUCGGCGCAUUUCAGGGACGGAUUUUGCUUUCUAUAUACCCUGUAUUUUGUAAAUAUGUUUUUCUUGGUCAUUACACAAAUAUCCCAUUUCUUCCUCUA